AUGCCCCUCGCCAUCCCCCUCUUCUUCGUCGGCCUCGCCAAGAAACCUCUUUCCGCCCCGCUCGUCCUCACCCGCUCCGCCAUCGACACCAUCGCCUCCCGCAUCGUCGAGACCAUCCAGCUCCUCGACGCUUCCUCCCCUUCCUCCCCCUCUUCCUCCGCCUGCCCCGCUCCCUCACCCAUCGCCACCCUCAUCAAGAACCACGGCCGGCUCGACACAGCCUGCACCCUCGCCGUCGUCGAGCUCCUCGCAAGCGCCUUAUCCGUCAAGCGCCUGGGCGUCAGGGCGGCGUGUGUCCAGAUGGAGGCGCUCCUCGCGGUGCGGGUGAAGACGCAGGUCAAGCGCGUGGCACUGGAUGCGCUCGUGGGCAAGGCGGGGCGGGCGGUUACGUGGUUGCCACGGAGGGUGGACCGGAUGAUGCGAAAGGUGUUCGGGGAUUAUUACCUAGCGAACUGCGCCGCUCUUUUCGAAGUUCUGCUCUCCUGUGCUUUGGAGCGGGUGCAGCACUUCUUCAUCACCAACUCUGGCCAGCCGACCCUCCUCGCGCUCACCUACCACCAGUCCACCCUCUCCAUCGCCCAAUUCCAUACCUCCCUGUGCACCUCCCUGUGCACCUCCCUCGCCUCCCUCCCUUCUACCGCAUACAGCGCCCUCUCCUCCUUCCUCGACUUCCUCGCGCUCCAAUGCCAAUGCGGCGAGAUCACCUUCCUGGGCGAGCUCGCCGAGUGCAUCCUGCAGGUAUACGCGCUCGGGCUGGGUAUUGCCAAUAUUUGUUUGGCGUUCGUGGGUGCGUUGACGUUUGUGGAGGGCGAGGACGAGGACGGCGAGGCGUCGCUUGGGCAGGUGAGGAGUGUAAGGCAGCUGGCGAGGGAGACGCCUGUUGGAGCUGCUGGUGGGAUAUUCGGUGGGGAGCAGAAGCAGCAGCAGCGGGCGGAUGUCGGUGAGGGGCCUUCGGGUACGAGGAGGGGGGAAGUGAAGCAGGAUAGCGGCAAGGUCGAGGAGCCAACGACACCUAAUACCAUCACUGACAAGAAGGGCAAAGGCAAAGAACAAGCCAUCGAAAUGCCCGUGAAACCCAAGGCCGAAGGUUCCUCCAAGCUUCACGCCCAGAACCCACCACCUCUCGUCGCCAAGGCUAAACCAUAUGUCACCUCAACCAGCUCCUCCUCCGCUACCACCGCAGCCAGCACUAGCUCCACGUCUGCCACCGGUUCUUCUUCCUCCUCCAAAACCAGUGCUCAAGAGAAUCAAGGGGCCAAACACGAUACCUCUUACUCCCUAAACGCAUCGAGCCACACAGUCGAAACACGCCCUCAGACCAACGAACCCAACAGCGAAAAGGAAAAGAAGCCCGAAAGCGAAACCAAACCCAAGCAAGUGAGCGAGAUCGUCCGCGAGAUCGUCGCCAACAUGUCAAAAAAGGAGAAGGAGAGCCAAAAUCCGGUGACCGCCAGUGUUAUUAAUAAUAAUAACAACGGAAAGACGGACAUCGUUAUAGUCGGUGGAGACAAGCCUGCCGUUGGGAGACGACCUGCGCUCCAGGAGACGACGAACAUGAAACGGAGUGCUACGGCUACGACUACGACUACGAGCGCUACUGCGACUAUAACCUCCCGCCCAGCUCACCACCCACCAGCCGGGCUGUCAUAUCAAAAACAGAGAAACGACGAAAAUGCUCUUCCUUCGGAGGAGGCUGGGAACAGAGCGAAAGGGGAAGCAAGAGCGAAAGCAAAGGCGAAAGCAAAAGGAAAUGCGAAUGCGAAUGCGAAUGCCCAGGGCCAGCAAGUUGGUUAUGACUUUGGGGUUGUGGACCGAAGAACGAGUGCAACUACGUCUACAGCUACGACUGCAAUUGCUGUUGCGUCGACGUCGACGACGUCGCCUGCAGCGGACGCUCCUCCUCCUCCUCCUACUCCACCCGCUCCGCUGAAGUUUAGGGACGGGAUGAGCCGGAGGGAGCGGAGGUUGAUGUUUCAGGAGCUCGUCAAGAUGCGCCUGCUCAACUCUGGUGCGGACCUGGAAGUGAAAGUGAAAGAUGAGGGUGAGGAUGAGGAUGGGAAUGGGAAUGGGAAAGCAACCGAUGACGCUGUGGAUGAUUUUCCUGGCGUUGACGGACAGAAAAAUGGAGAUGGAGAGGGAGGUGGAGGUGGGUCGGAAGUGACGGUGAUGGAGCAGAUGGAGGUCCAGAACGAACGACCGCAGAACGCAAGCGUCGUUAGCUACCCGAGCACCGAGAGCAUCUGCGUCAGGGUCAGGGUCGACGUGGGGAGCGGGAGCGGGAGCUCGACGAACUUGCUUGAACGAGCUAAAACUGUGCAUGCGAAUUCGAAUUCGGACGGGCCGUGCACACCACAGCCGACCAGCCAGCUGUCUGCCCACACUCGGACUAUAGCUAUGGACGACGAACAAACUACGCUCGACCGACCGACCUUUGACCAGCCUACACAUGUACCCUCUCCCUCCCAAUCCUCCAUCACGAACGAACACGAACACGAACACCCGACGCCCACACCUCUCUCUAACUCUACUCCCACAAAGGCAAAUACCGAGACGCCCAUGUCUACUCCCACAAAUGCAAAUGCAAAUGCAAACACCGAGACGCCCAUGUCUACUCCCACAAUCACAAGUACCGAGACGCCCAUGGAAUCUACUCCCACAAAUCCAGAUACCGAGACGCCCACGUCUACUACCACAAGUGCAAACGCAAACACCGAGACGCCCACAGGCACGACCAACCCAGAUACAGAUGCUCACGAGCAGCCAACGACCAGCGGCUCCGUCGUCUCCUUCUACUCCAAGUUCUCCGCUCCCCGACCAGAGCGGGAGGUGACGCGCUACGCCCCGGCUGGGAUGUUCGGGAGCGUCGCGUUACCUGCGCUGUCUUCUUUGACUCCUUUGCAAGGAACAGCGGAGGAGCAGGAUCCUUUCAUCCAAUCCUCAACCAACCCCAACCCCGAAACCAACCAAGAAACCAACCAAGAAGUCAAGCCCAUGCCUAUACGCAUCCCCUGGUUCCCGCAAGCAGCUCCGAACCGCUCCAUCCCGACGUUCUGGGACCCGCCUGCACCGUACGUCCCGAUUAAGAUUACUCCGCCGAUGCGGAAGCGCAGGGGUAAGGGUGGUGCUGGUGCGAGGCGCGCGGUGCUCCGUCGGCUUUCCUUGGGCGACACCACAUCACACUCCUUCACCGCUGCUCCCUUGUUCGACUCCAAGCGCCUCACCGGGCUAUUCGUAUCAUUCAAUUCGGAGCAAACGUGUCUAUUUUUAGCACGCCGGGUUAUUCGUUCGAUUUCUCUCUUUCACGGUCGACGCACCACGCCUAGCCUAUCGGCAGGCUAUCCUCCUAAGCAGCUCAGGCGAACUGUCAUCCUUCUAAACUUCAACGGCACCCUUCACCAUCUCCCGGCUCGUCCAAUGGGCACCCAGCGCAACAUCUCGAGUUUCUAUUCCAUUACGGGACAUGCGGCCGUGUCUAUUUCCAUCGCGGCUGCCCUCUGUUCGGCUCUCUCCUCGACGAACUUCUCUGACGCUGGACACAUGGCUAUUACUAUCGCCGUCGUGAGCCUUUCCUUCUUUUCUCCCACUACCCCUGCCGUCUUCGGCGGUCUGGCGUCUAUUAAGGCUGAAUUACCACGUUUCCCGGCAGAACUCAUGCAGUAUAUCCGUUCGCUCAGGACGAUGCCCUUCACGCACAACCUCCCCGCACCCAACACGAUGGCCAAUCCAGCGUUCAGUCUCAGAGACAAUGAGCAUUUCCCUAGUCUCCGAGGGAUAACAGUGGACAACAUCUUCGACGGCAACACACUCGACUAUUACAGCGAGCAAGGACAGACAGGGAUCCUGAGACCCGCCAAGCACUGGUGCCUCCUCACCGAGAUCGUCGAGGAGCGGCAGUGGAUUCGCCCUAUGUACACGGUCGAGGACAAAGCCGGCGACCAGUUCCUUGUCGCCUUUCAUCACGACUACGAUGGGACUCCUGGGUUUCGUGUUAGCGAGACGUUUGGGAUGCCAGCGAGCCGCAGGCUUCCUGAGAGCUUGGCGAAGAAUGCGAAACCGGGGAGUGUUAUGGCUUUUAUGUACGCUCAGAACCAUAUGUUCGCCGACGGGCAGCAGGGGAUUCGCGUUGAGGACCUCGACCAGGUCAAGACUUUCCCAUGCAGCCUGAAGACCUUGCUUCGAAUCGGCGAUGAGGUCAACCUGACGCUCGAAAACUGCCAGAUGUGCAACAAGAGCGCCUAUCUAAGUCUCGAACUCUUUCUGACUACGACAUGA